AUGAUGUACUCGUUCACGGGUCAGCUGAAGGGCGAACUCACCUGUCCCAAGGGCACCUACCUCAAGUUCAUCCUGCGGGUGGGGCUGGGGUGGCUCGAGGUGGAAACAGUGGCGGCGCCGAUCUGCCGCGGCUUCGUGCCAGCGCUGUACGUGCUGAUCGUCGUCAACAACGCCGUUGAUCCGAUCACGCUCGAAUGGCUUCAGGCCAUGCCUCAUCCUGUCGCCGAAUCUGCCGACACUUCCGACACUUCCGACACCUUUGCCAACAUGUCUGCCAACACCUCGGCUGACAUUUCUGCCAACAGCACUGACAACACUGACGCGUGCUCGGUGGCGCUGCUGGAGCUUUUUGACUUUGAAAACGUCUACCCUGAAACGGUGAAGGUCGACAAGUUGGUGAAGGGCGCCGACGGGCUCGAGUUCUGCUUCUGUUUGUCAAUGCACCGCCACGAUACCCUCUACAUCAGCAAGCUGGUCGCCGAAUUCGUGGCGUUAGACCACAGCUGGAACCAAGGGGCAGUCAUGUUUGGCCUGGCGCUGGGCAUCGACGUCUCCGUGAAGCCGGUGCCGCCGUCGUUCCCUCAACUCCCGACGGCCCACGACACCGCCAGCUUAUUCCACUACUGCCAGCAGGUGAACCACUACUGGCACGAAGUGCUCAAAAUGACGCAAUUGAAGCGGUCGCAACAGCUUGCUCACUUUAUUGGGUCGGCAAUGCAAGUAGUGUGCCGUGAAGGCAAAGUUAUGAGUGAUGCUGACAUUACUCGCACCCUUUUCGGUGAUGAUGUCGAUGUGGUUUUGCGGAUGGCGGCGCUGGCGCUGGCUGUCCACACUCCCAUCGAGCUGUCGUUUGAUCUGGACGAUUCCGACACUUACCGCCACUACUCGCUGGGGCUGGACCUGUUGUUCCUGCGACUCGUCAAGUCACAGACGGUGCCCACGACGCCGGUGACUUCCCACAACCAACACCAAGAAUUCCCUGAUACCCCCAAUACCCCUCCCAUGGACACUGACGUCAAGCGGGUGGUCACGCCCGAGGCGGCAUCGAAAUCGCCAUUGCAACCUGCUCAAGAAGCAGAAGCUGCGCCAGCACCGGCGGGCCCGCCGCCCGGCCCACCUCGCCGGCAACUGAAGCGAGGCGUCGAACCGCUGGAGUAUCUCAAGAUCAAGAUCCACAUCCAGAACGAAGAAGAUGACGUGAUCGUACUUAAGAUCAAGCGUACCAAUUUGAUUCUGGUGGUGUACUUGAAGAAACUUGUGUCGCACAAGAUCUACAAGGAUUACUCGUUGAUCGACCACUAUGCCUUGACCCCAGUUGGCCAAGACCCUCUUGACGACGACGGCUUGCUUGCCUGGCUUAAGACCCAGCAGAAAGCCGUGCUUAACUUGCAGCGUCUUCGCCGCAAAAAUGAUGCCUCCGAUAAAUAG